CGCCAUUUUCUCUUGUUCUUCACCAGUUUUUUUUUUUUUUUUCUUCUUUUUUGGGUUCUUCUGUUCUUGCUUUUGAUUGGAAACACAUGGCGGGGAUUCAUAAACUGGGGGUUAAAGAAGAUGAAGAUACACGAACGGUUGAUCUUCGAAUCAAUGGAGGCGAGGCAGAACCAGGGAAGGAAGACUCAGCGCUUGCUCCGAAGGAAGAGCCGGAUACUAGUGAUGAGGCAGCGGUAGGAGUGAUGCCUGUGGCGGUGCACGUUCCAUCGGCGAUUCCGUUGGCGGCGGGAGCGGCGGCGUCGGCGGCGGCGUCAUGCCUGUGGCGGUGCACGUUCCAUCGGCGAUUCCGUUGGCGGCGGGAGCGGCGGCGUCGGCGGCGGCGGCGGUGGCCCAGCCUAAAAGGGCGUCCACGAAGGACCGUCACACGAAAGUAGAGGGGCGGGGUCGGAGGAUCCGAAUGCCUGCCACGUGUGCGGCGCGAAUCUUUCAACUGACUCGUGAACUUGGCCAUAAGUCGGAUGGUGAGACUAUCAGGUGGUUAUUGGAGCACGCCGAACCGGCGAUAAUUGCGGCAACGGGAACCGGCACCGUCCCCGCCAUCGCCAUGUCGGUUAACGGUACACUCAAAAUUCCCACAACGUCAAACGCAAACACCGAGGAUCCCAAUGUUAAGAAGAAGCGUAAACGACCUUCUAACAGUGACUACGUCGACGUCAACGAUGCCGUCUCAGUGUCCUCCGGUCUAGCCCCUAUAACUACCGUUCAACGACCACCACCACAACAACAACCACAACUAGUGCCGCAAGGACUCGUUCCAAUUUGGACUAUUCCAUCCAACACCGUCGUACCAGGCGCGUUCUUAAUGGUCCCACCCAUGGCAUCCGUCGCCGGACCGUCAAAUCAACCUCAAAUAUUUGCAUUUCCAGCAUCCGCAACCCCCUUGAUUAACAUUUCAGCUCGGCCGAUAUCAUCCUUCGUAUCAGCCAUGCAAGCCACUCCCGUUCAACUUCAAAGCAGCGCGGCGGUUUCAAGUUCUGCUAAGUUCGCAUCACUCAUGGCUCCAAGCUCGACCUCUGCAACUACUGCUACCAAGAGUACUACUACUUCUACCAAGAGUACUACUACUUCUACUACAACUCAAAUGCUCAGAGAUUUCUCUUUGGAAAUUUAUGACAAACAAGAGAUUCAGUUCAUGGCUCGUCCUUCAAAGCAUUGACAUGUUAGAAAACCAACACGCAGUUCAGCAAGUUCUCAUUGGUAGCUUCUUUCUCGGCGUAUCCGCCAUUGACGAUAUCAAGUUACAAGCUUGAAGUCAUGUACAAUACAUUUAAAAAAAAUAAAUAAAUAAAUAGUAGAGCACGUGGUCACGUGAGGACAGUUUUAAAGGUGUGCACGUGUAAAGUGGGGUCGGGAUUAGGCGUGUGUGGGUCACAACUCAACCAAAAUAACGCAACGGGGAGAAGGGAUAGUCCGUGGACCGCGGUGUUUUAUUUUUUUUUUCUAAUUUUUUUUUAAUGGUGUGGGGGCCACCUCAUCGGUUUGGUCUUAGAGGUGAUGUGGAGCGCGGGUCCCUAUGUGGGGCCUUACGGACAGUUUCAAAAAUUUGUUCUCGAGGCGGCCGCGUGGUGGUCCUUAGUCCUUACAGGGUAGUUUGGCGGUCCGAUCGAGACAUGUGGACCCGAAGCUCGUUCCGGAUUUAGUUACACGUGUUCAAAGGUGGAAAUUAACGGUGGGACAGGGACACACGUGGGGUCAUAUUGUGGAGGGUGGGGAUGGGCCUUUAAAGAAUCAUGAUUUUUGAUGAAGUUGAUGGAGGGGAAGUGGGAGUGAUGUAGUAUUGACUUUCGAACUUGGUGAAAAAAUCAAUGUAAAAUAUAAAUGCAGGAUAAAAGUGCUUUUUAGUC